AUGGAUCCGGAAAAAGGCAGCGCAGAAGAUGCCACCGACCUCAAUAAAGCACAAGGGAGUCACGUCGAGAACUUGCAUUCCCAUGCCAACUUGGACUCACACAUUGACAGUAUACUUGACCGAAAGUUUGACCUACACAUAAUCCCUUGGUUAUUUGGCAUCUGGCUCUUUGCUUUCAUCGAUCGGAGCAAUAUUGGCAAUGCGAGGAUUGACGGCCUUGCCGAGGAGCUGGGAAUUGCCCAGGGCACGGGGUACAACCUCGCAUUGCUUGUCUUCUAUAUUCCAUACAUUCUAGUUGAUGUCCCAAGUAACUGGAUUGUCAAGCAUAUCAAAGCGGGCAUAUAUCUACCCGCCCUGAUCACCGCAUGGGGAAUUGUGUCGACAUUUCUGGGGUUCACCAAGUCCCUCGCCGGCCUGAUCGUCGCAAGACUCUUUCUUGGCGCUUUCGAAGGAGGGCUCUUGGGAGGCAUUGUGGUCUACCUCGCUAUGUUCUACCGCCGUCAUCAGAUGCUUCGUCGCAUUGGAUACUUCUACUGUGCUGCACCAUUAUCGGGGGCAUUCGGUGGUCUUCUUGCGACCGGGCUCGCUCAGAUCAGAUACGGGAACUACAAUAGAUGGCCAUGGAUAUUCUUCAUCGAGGGUAUCAUCACAACACUAUUCGGAAUCUUGUGCUUCUUCACAAUGCCAAACACGCCUGGCGACUCCAAGUUUCUGACCGAAGAAGAACGCAAGCGAGCUUUAGCGCGGAUGAGGCUUGAUAGUCACGGCGCAACUGAUUCAGACGACGUAAACGAGGAGCACUUUGACUGGCAUUGGGUCAAGAUGGCAUUCAAAGCGCCACAAACUUGGUUCUGCUGUUUUAUAUGGUUCUUCCUCCUGAUUCCACUCUAUAGUUACUCGCUAUUUCUACCCACCAUUAUCAGCGGGCUCGGGUACCAAUCGACAACCGCACAGCUUUUCACAGUGCCGCCGAACAUGGCCGCAUUCUUUUUCGUCCUUGGAACAUCAUUCCUGUCCGAUAAAAUCAGGGCUCGGGGUCCCGUUAUGGCAGUAGGCUGUAUCGUGGCCAUUGCCGGAUACAUCAUGUUACUCGCAACGAAACAAAACUCUGUUCGAUACGGAGGCACUUUCCUUGUAGCAGUAGGAGUGUUCCCUGGCUCAGCUAUGAUCAUGGGCUGGAUGUCAAACAAUCUGGCACCUCAUUACGUCAGGGCCACAGGAGUGGGCUUUCUCAUUGCUUUUGCCAAUUGCGCAGCAUUUCCAGCAACAUUUAUUUACCUCUCAAAAGAUGCGUAA